CCACUCUCUCAGAGGUUUUAGCCCAUUUGUAUUUGUGCUCUCUCCGUUUUCCUUUAUUUUCUAUUUUAUCCUGCCCCUAAUCCGCGCUAGGGUUUUAGCGCCUCCUCUCUCGCUCUCCCUCGCGCUUAUCGCCACCACUGAAACCCUCGUACGAUCUCCUCUCCCCUCUUCUCCUUUCUCUCCGGCGAUCGGCGGAGGAGGAGCUUGGCAGCGGACGCCAUGGAUCGGUACCAGAAGGUGGAGAAGCCGCGGCCGGAGUCGGCCAUAAACGAGAACGAGAUCCGAAUCACCGCGCAAGGCCUCAUCCGUAACUAUGUUAGCUAUGCCACGAGUCUCCUUCAGGAUAAACGUGUGCGCGAGAUUGUCUUGAAGGCCAUGGGGCAAGCUAUCAGCAAGACAGUGGCCAUUGCUGAGAUUAUUAAGAAAAGGAUUCCUGGGUUGCACCAAGUUACCUCUAUCAGUUCAGUCAGUAUCACUGACGUGUGGGAACCUAUUGAAGAGGGCCUUGUACCGUUGGAAACUACAAGACAUGUUUCAAUGAUCUCAAUCUCGCUUUCUCCGAGGGAGCUAAAUAAAAAUUCCCCUGGGUAUCAAGCUCCAUCAUAUGCAGAGCUACCCAUCCGACAGCAAAAGUUCCAACAGCAACAGCAAUAUCAACAACAUCAACCACGACAAAGUCAAGGUCAAUUUAGUGAAGAUACAUAUGGACGGGGCCGUGGUAGAGGAAGAGGCAGAGGAAGGGGAUGGGGUCGAGGAGGAUAUGGUGGGUAUGGUGGAUAUGGGAACAAUCAAGGUGGAUAUGGGAACAAUCAAGGUGGCUAUGGGAACAAUCAAGGUGGCUAUGGGAACAAUCAAAGUGGCUAUGGUGGAUAUGGCAACCAUGAAGGUGGAUACGGCGGAUAUGGCUACAGUCAAGGUGGAUAUGGAGGAUAUGGAAACAACCGAGAAAAUGGUGGAUGGAACACGAACUGGUCUCGAGGUGGUGGGCGAGGCAGAGGGAACUGGGGCUAUGGUGGAUAUGAACGUGGCCGAGGUGGUGGGGGGCCGGGGGGCAGAGGCUACGGGCGUGGGCGGGGACGUAUGGGUGGCCGUGGGAGGGGGAACUGAAACCCUAGUAUGAGUGCCGUGCUUGUGCUUCUCUUAUGCAUGCUUUGGUAGUUUUUCCUUGCGAGAAAAGAACGGCUUUUCCUGGACUUAGUUUGGGGCUGUCACAUAUAUAUUUCACACACUAGGUUUGAUUAUAAGUUUUUUCAAGUCGUUCUGCGGUGUUUAUCUUUUUCUUGUUUUCUGUGGUUGCUAAAUUAGCAUAGCAUCCUGUUAUUUGAUGUUCCCCUUUGUUUUCACUAUGUUCAACAACUUUUUCCUACUGUAUUUAGUAAUCCAUUUAUCAUGUCGUUUUUUCUUUUUC